AUGAUUACAGAUAAGAAAAUUCGUACUAAAAAAAUUGUAGUCAAUUAUUCUCCUCGGCACUUUGCUGAUGCGGUCCCUCGCACUAAUUUUAUCCAAAUCUUGUCUUGUCAAUGUCGGUACAACUGCGUUAAGCUUUUCCACAUCUUGCCAACUUCAGCAAAAAGGGCUAGGGGGAGACCUCCUGGUUCUGGCAAGAAGCUUCAACUUGAAGCUCUGGGAUCAUCAGGAGUCGGGUUUAUGCCGCACGUUAUCGCUGUCAAAGCGGGAGAGGAUGUAUCAUCAAAAAUAAUAUCAUUUUCUCAACACGGUCCCAGAGCCGUCUGCAUCCUGUCAGCAAAUGGAGCCAUAUCAAACGUUACUCUUCGCCAACCAGCGACAUCUGGCAGGACUGUAACUUAUGAGAUGGUUGCGAGUAGUUUUAUUGCAGAGAGUCGAAAGGAAUAUAACUCAGCAUACCAGAUGGAAACUCUAUCUGCCCCACCAAAGCUUGCUCCAGGUGGUGUGCCAACAGGGGACACCAGCCCACCGCCUCGUGGUACUCUAAGUGAAUCUUCGGGUCGGCUGCGUAGCCCGCUUAAUGAGAGCCCAGGAGGCUGCAAUAACAACAACCCACAAGGCAUGUCAAAGUUGCCAUGGAAGUAAAUCCUGCUUAACUUUGUAGUCUUCGACUAAUUGUGUAGGGGCAUGGGCUUUUGGGUUGUGUUGUGCUAUUACUAUUCAACAUAGGCAGAAUCGUUGCCUUGUUUAAGUGAAGUAGAAUAAAACUACAGGAUGUUGGUUGCUAGACUGCUAGAAAGGGCAUCCCAAACACGGUUAGUGGAAUUUAUCCGUUUCUCUAUCCAUCGAGGUGAUAUUGAUGCGAGUUGAGUUUGGCUGGAUUUUGCUCUCUCUCUCUCUCUCUCUCUCUCUCUCUCUUUUUAAUUUUUAAAAUUUUAUUUUU